UCCAGUGCAUUUCCGUGUGUGGUGAUAGCAUUAGCAAGCUUCCUCAAACCCUUGACAUUCACUCUAUGCCUUCAACACAAGAAAAGCAGAGCACAUACAGCGUCAAAACAGAUUGUAUGAUCGAUUACAAGUUCACUGGCACCUAUGAAAAGGGUACCGGUUUGUUCCUCUGCAGUUAAAAAGCCAGGCUGCGACGGAAAAAAUCUCACGAUAAAAUCAGCCGCCUGCUCCAGGCUGGUUUUGGGCAUUGAGACAAGCUGCGAUGACACUGGAGCUGCUGUGUUGGACGAGAAAGGUGCAAUACUGGGAGAAUCUCUACAUUCACAGAAAGAAGUACAUCUGAGGGCUGGUGGCAUCAUCCCCACAGUGGCACAACACCUCCACAGAGAAAACAUAGAGCGUGUGGUCCGGCAGGCUUUGGAGAGAAGCGAUGUGGACCCAAGCCAGCUCUCGGCUGUGGCCACCACAGUGAAGCCAGGCUUGGCCCUGAGCUUGGGCAUCGGCCUUAAGUUCAGUCAGAGGUUUGUGAAGCAGCACAACAAGCUGUUCAUCCCCAUUCACCACAUGGAAGCCCAUGCCCUGACAGUCAGGAUGCUUCAUCCCGUCGCCUUCCCCUUCCUGGUCCUGCUUGUUUCUGGUGGUCACUCACUCCUUGCUGUGGCUCGAGGAGUCGACGACUUUCUGCUUCUGGGUCGCACUCUAGACGAAGCUCCAGGGGAUACACUGGAUAAAGUGGCGAGACGUUUGUCCCUCAGAAAACACCCGCAGUGCUCCACAUUAAGUGGAGGACAAGCUAUAGAGCUUCUGGCAAAGAAUGGUGACAGGAUGAGGUUCCCUUUCAGGACACCUAUGGGGCAAACUCAUGACUGUUGCUUUUCUUUCGCUGGACUACGGAAUCAAGUUACAAUGACGAUAAUAAAAAAAGAGGCAGAGGAAGGUAUAGAACAGGGGACACUACUGUCCUGUGUGAAUGACAUUGCAGCUGCCACACAGCACACUGUUGCCACUCAUCUUGCAAAGCGCACACACCGUGCCAUCUUGUUCUGUAAGGCAAAUGGCCUGCUGCCAUCAAGCAGCCCCACCUUGGUGCUGUCUGGAGGAGUUGCAAGUAACCAGUAUAUACGAAAGGCUUUGGCCGUUAUCACUGAGACGACAGGACUACGACUGCUCUGUCCUCCAGCCAAAUUCUGCACUGACAACGGAGUGAUGAUUGCGUGGAACGGUGUUGAACGCCUGAGGGAAGGGAAAGGGAUACUGCCUCCAAAUGUAGAUGUCUGCUAUGAGCCAAAGGCGCCGCUGGGUGUUGAUAUGACAGCAGAGGUGAAAGCCGCAGCGAUCAGGUUGCCACCAGUCAGGAUCAAGAUCCCCAACUGACUGACUGUUGCUUUUCUCCUGUGCAAAAGGUUGUUUUGUCACCCCUGGAUUUUCCCAGGUCAACGUAUAUACUGUGUAUAUCUGUAUAAAGCACAUUAGGUAUUUAUUAAUAAAUGUGUUUUUAAACAUCUCAGUUAAAAAUAUCUCUCACAAAACUAACUGAAAACAAAAUCCAUCAGAGUGAAAUCUUUUGGAGUUUGCUAGUAGAUUUUUUUUCAAACAAUAAAGCCAUAGGGUUUGCCACUCCAAAGAAUGAGUUCAGCUUAUUGAAAGUAGCCAACCAAACAAUAUUAAAAAUUAUAGAUGUCUCAUAAUUCUACAGAGGUGUUUUACGCUGUAUAAUGAUUAGUAUAUACCGCAUGAUAAGUUCCUCUUGUUGUGGUAAGCAGUAAGUUUAACUAGGACAUACCACCUUUCUGUGGAAUCAUACAUGCAGUAUUUGAUCAUCUUGAGGAUUGAAGCAACAAUCUGAGGUUUAUAAACAUCAUGGAAGUGCUCACAUUUUAAAAGUUGGGAAGUUUUGUCUUUAGU